GUCUGAUAAGCAAUGUUCCACAUGGCUGCUGUUUGGUAGUUGGAAUCAAGUCCCUAAAUACGACGACGCCCCGACAUCCUACCACUCACCAAGACCUGCUGCAUCUCUUUCUCCGAAACCGAGGAAAAUGACAUCCAUCCAAUCCACCAAACCGAACCUCACCUCCAACGACUCGGCCGUCCUUCAGGCCCUCUUCGACGCCGAAUCCUCCCCUUCCAACGCCAUCACCAUCAACGCCGCCCUCCCGGCCUAUCCAUCCCACCUCAAUAUCUCCCCUGAACUCCUCCAGACACUCCAAUCCCGCGAAAUCGCCAUCAUCCGCACUCUCCAAUCUGAAGCCACUUCCCUCGCAGCUAUCCAACAAGCAAUCCAAGACCUCGACGCCCUUAUUGCCGAAUACCCAACCUACCCGUCUGCAUACGUUAACCGUGCCCAGACUCUCCGGUUACUCAUCGAUUCCACACCCCUACCUCCCUCAGAACAGAAUAAAGAGAAAGAAGAGGAGGAUGAUAAGCUCUUCACCCCGCAAAACACCGAACACGCGUCCAGGUUACUAGCCGAUCUAGGACAAGCGAUUGCACUAGCGACGCCGCAGUCACCCGCAGAUCCGGUGUCGACGGUGCAGGCGCGCUUGUUAGCCGAUGCGCAUACGCACCGGGGAUAUUUGUUACUGAAAGCAGCGAGAGUGAAGAAGGAGAGUAGUGAGGAGGAAAGGACAGGGGGCCCGGAUCGGUUACGGGGGCUGGAACCCGGGCAGUUGGAGGAUAUGGCGAGUCGGGAUUUCUUCUUUGGAGGGCGGUAUGGGAAUAAGGUUGCGCAGCAGUUGGCAGUGCAGACGAAUCCGUUUGCAAAGAUGUGUGGGGCGAUUGUGAAGGAGGCGAUGAGGAAGGAGAUGGUGGGGGAUCAGGUGGUACAAUUCUAAAGUUUUGUUUAGGGUUUGUUUUGGAGCAUAGCUUUAGAGUUCUGUGGCUUUGGUGGGUUCAAGUUUCAUACCCAAAGAAUAGAGACGUUGGAAUUGGAAUUAUGGUGGAUUUGAAACUACGCUAGUAUUAGGGGAUUUUGUUCGUUACUUCAUAAUCUGACCCUACUGGUCAGCCUGUCUGAUGUCCACCGAUUUCUUCGGGUUCUUGAAAUGCCUCUGCAAGGGCUGCCAACUGUGU